AUGUUCCUAAACCUAAGAGAUGUUGUUACUUGCUGCAGUCUGUUGAUGAUUGUGAUAACCGGAGCGAUCAGUGCUGUGAUAAGCGAAACAGAUAUCGAAAGUGUCACUAAUUAUCAAAUGGAAACGACUCUACCGGACUCUACGACUGAUAGUUUCGACGAAACCACGUUCGAGUCUACAACCUACGGUGAAACGGAAACCGAGGAAGUUCCAUCUUCUCGAGUGCUAAAUUGUACCGAAUGCAAAUGCGGUAAUGCGGAGCCCUUGGAGAAAAUCGUCGGCGGCAGUAUGGCCAAGGAAAAUGCUUACCCCUGGAUGGCUGCUUUGUACUACAACAAUCGCUUCACGUGCGGUGGAUCACUGGUCACCGAUCGUUACAUACUGACCGCGGCACACUGCGUCGUGCGACUGACGCCGGCCCGUUUCCGUGUGCAACUGCUCGUUCACAACCGUACCCAGCCUACUACGAACUCGGUGGAACGCAGUGUCAAAUCGAUCAAAACGUUCUUCUUCAACAGUCUGUCGAACAACAACGACAUCGGACUGCUCGAGCUGAUGUUCCCGGUUACGAUCAGCGGCGACCGGUUGGUGCCGAUCUGUUUGCCACCGGCCAAUGACAAUUUGUUCGAAGGUAAAAUGGCCAUUGUAACCGGCUGGGGUAAAACGGCUCUCGGUGGUUUGUCGGAUACGCUGCAAGAGCUGCACGUUCCAGUUCUAUCGAAUACGAAUUGUCGACGGUCCGGUUAUUGGGCGUUUCGGAUUACGAACAAAAUGGUUUGCGCUGGUUUUAUCGAGGGUGGACGGGAUUCUUGUCAGGGUGACAGUGGCGGACCGCUGCAGAUAUUCAACAACGAAACCCGUCGGUACGAACUGGUGGGGAUUGUAUCGUGGGGACGGGCAUGUGCCCAGAAAAAUUAUCCUGGCGUGUACACCAGAGUCAGUCGGUUUCUGCGCUGGAUCAACAACAACGUCAAGGAUUCGUGUGUCUGCCACUGA